UUCGAAGAGUGUGAGAACAAGGAUUCCCGGACGCCCUCUCGAAUCCAUUCAGAAACCCAUGCUCACCUCUGCAUCUCUUCCACAAGCAUGAUCAGCACCUCUAGUAGGCCUCGAAGCCCCUGGGGCAAGCUGGACCCUUAUGACUCCUCUGAGGAUGAUAAGGAGUAUGUGGGGUUUGCCACCCUCCCCAACCAGGUUCAUCGAAAGUCCAUGAAAAAGGGCUUUGACUUCACCCUCAUGGUGGCAGGAGAGUCCGGGCUGGGCAAAUCCACCCUCAUCAACAGUCUCUUCCUCACUGACAUGUACCGGGACCGUAGAUUAUUGAAUGCUGAAGAACGGAUCACGCAAACAGUGGAGAUCAUUAAGCAUACCAUGGACAUCGAGGAGAAAGGUGUCAAGCUGAAGCUCACGGUCGUGGAUACACCAGGUUUUGGAGAUGCUGUGAACAACACUGAGUGCUGGAAGCCUGUGGCAGAUUAUAUUGACCAGCAGUUUGAACAGUAUUUCCGGGAUGAAAGUGGUCUCAAUCGAAAGAACAUUCAGGAUAACAGGGUGCACUGCUGCCUCUACUUCAUCUCUCCUUUUGGCCAUGGGCUCCGACCCUUGGAUGUGGAAUUCAUGAGGGCUCUACAUCAUCGAGUCAACAUUGUGCCCAUCUUGGCCAAGGCCGACACUCUGACACCCAAUGAAGUAGAGCACAAGAAACGAAAGAUUCGAGAGGAAAUUGAGCAUUUUGGAAUCCAGAUCUACCAGUUCCCAGCCUGUGACUCCGAUGAAGAUGAGGAACUCAAGUUACAGGACCAGACUCUGAAGGACAGUAUCCCUUUUGCUGUCAUUGGCAGCAACACAGUGGUGGAGGCCAAAGGGCGGCGUGUUAGAGGACGGCUCUAUCCUUGGGGUAUUGUAGAAGUGGAAAAUCCGGGGCAUUGCGACUUUGUGAAGUUGAGGACCAUGCUGGUACGCACUCACAUGCAGGAUCUUAAGGAUGUGACAAGGGAAAUACAUUAUGAGAACUAUCGGGCACAAUGUAUCCAGAGCAUGACUCGAAUGCUGACUCGGGACAAUGUUACUGACUUCACCAUCCCAGCAUUCCUGCCUGGGAUUGACGUAGAGACUGAGAAGCUGCUCCGGGAGAAAGAUGAGGAGUUGCGAAGGAUGCAGGAGAUGCUGUACAAACUCCAGAAACAAAAGAAGAACUGUUAGUUCCCUUUCUUUGGAUGUAUGUCUCCUCCUCUUUCUCCUGGCCCUUCCCAGCUCUUGAUCUGCUCUGGCCCCUCAAGCUACUGCCACUUCGCCUUACGUCCCUGCUGCCUCCCUAGAGACUCAUAAGAAAUAAAGUCUAACGAAUCGGAAUCUGA